AUUUUACACGUCCUGCCCCAACUUGAAGGUCUAGCAGUCACUGGCGGCCCGGUUCAAGCUACUUCUUGUUCUGACCAUUCUUGACGACGCAGUUCAUCGUUCUCGUCCGACAUGUCGCAGGAUAGCGUCAGCAGAGACAUACAGACAGAAUUGCUUGGCAAAAGCACAAGGAAGGCGGGGCACCGAAAAUGGGACAAGAAUGGUGUGCCCUAUCCCGCUGAGAAUUCAUCCGAACUCAUGCUCUUCGACAGCUGGAACUUCUUGUUUCUGAGCAAUCUUGUUCAGAAGAACGUGACGAUGCACAGGUUUGAUCCUCCUCCACGUCGUGUCCUCGAAUUGGGAUGCGGCAAUGGCAUAUGGAUUAUCGAAGCGGCGAAGCGGUGGACGGAUACCGAGUUCGUUGGUAUGGACUUGCUGAAAGGCCAGCCUGACUUACGUCGGGAGGAAAACAAUCUGAUGCACCUGGCGGAUCGAAUAACCUGGGUACAGGGCGACAUUCUGAAACCGCUGCCAUUUGCGUCGGAAGAGUUUGAUUUCGUCCGGUUAGGUAAUGUUGGUCUCGCUAUUCCGGAGGACGAGUGGCAAAAUCUCUUCGAGGAAUGUGCCCGCGUUUUGGUUCCAGGAGGAGUUCAGGAGAUCAUCGAAGACGACCUCAUCUUCCCCUGUGGGCGUCCACCAGAGAAAGAGAAGGAAAAAGAAGGCUCGAAGAGCAGUAGCGCAAAUUCUCAGACGAACCAAGACGGGUCCAUGUGGACGGGAAGCUUAUCGACGCUCAGUAAUUCAUCCACCGUCUCUACCUAUUCAUCCGAUCGCGAGCUGGUUCUCGCCCCGGAUAAUGCAUCAAUCUCCCCUCAUUCAUCCAACCGUGAGUUGAUCACUACCGCCGAUCCCGUUACAACAUCCGCAAGCACGGACUCGGCCUCGGCGUCGUCCUCGCAGUCUCCCGCACCAAAGAAGGACGCCCGCUUUCAGGAUCCCCAUGACCACACCAAACUGGCGGAAGCAUGGCACAAGAUGCUCCAGCGCAGGUUCAUCACCUCGAGCAUCAUUUCUAUCCUCCCCUUCUACCUCUCCACCUUUUUCCAGGACAUCCGAAUGAUGCCGACGGUGCAUGUCCUCAUCCCGCCCAACACCAAGGAACUGUCGGAAAACGAGACGAUUCCGCACUUCACGCGCGGUCAGAUGUCCGACAGGCUAUCCGAGUUGCAGCUUGACCUGAACGUUGAUGGGUCACGGUGGUCGACGGAUGCCUCCUCCAAGAAAGCGAAGACACCGUCGAAGGCUGCAACUCUCUCAACCCACGCUGCGGUACAUUUGGCGAGAGCCGUGGAGACGGUACGGGCCUGCAAGGCUGCAGUGUUGGAAGCGUACCUUGGGGAGCAGGGUCAUGGGACAAGCGAGGAGGCAAGCAUUCUGCAAGAGGAGUUCGCUACUGCCUGGGCUAAUUGGGAAACCGAUAUGAAGGAGCGCAUGAGCUUACGCGCAAAGGUGUAUCAGAUGCUCGCGUGGGUAGACCCUACAUGCGGCGAACAUCCUGACUGGGUCGUCUGGCGGGAGCAGGCCGGAGAGGUCGUAGACUCAGACAGCUCGUACAUUGGACCCGAUAAUCUCUGCAGAUCUGUGCGAGGCUUCGUAGGGUACAAACCAAAAAACGCACAAAGGGGCUGAUAGCCUGCUUGCUUCACAUACUACUAUCUAUGUUGGGAUCCUUCCCAGGAAGUAGAUCAUACUGACCUUGCUUGUUUAGAUCUCGCAUUGCUACAUUCUGCUGUGUAUAUAAGUUACUCACAUCGCUAUCGCAUUCACAACUCGUACGCGUUCA